AUGGCCAAUCUUCAAAGUGAGAGCUCCAACCAUGGACUGCGGUACAUGCUGUCGCAGUACUGGCAAGACAAUGGCAACCCGCGGACGGCCGGCCUGCCGCUCAUUCGCGAGGGUCCCUGGUUCACCUUUUGCGUCAUUGGCGUGUACCUGCUCUUUGUGACUAAGGUCGGUCCGGCGAUGAUGCGCAAGCGAGCCGCUUAUCAGCUUCGGCUACCGAUGCUAGUCUACAACAGCUCAAUGGUAGUCAUCAACUUUUACUUCCUCUUCAAGUCUCUGUCGUGGCUAAACUACGGCCGUGAGCUGGUCAACUUCAAGUGGCCCGAGUGGGAAACCAGCGACAAGUUCAACACUGAAGACGCCCGCGAGCAGGUGUGGUCCUUCUACCUGUACUGGCUGACCAAGUUUGUCGACCUCCUCGACACCAUCUUCUUUGUGCUGCGGAAGAAGGACCGCCAGAUCACUCACCUGCACCUGUACCACCACUCCAUUGUACCGAUCCUCGGCUGGUACUACAUCUGGUACGUUUUUGGCGUGCCUGCCAUCAACCUCUUCGCCUUUCUCAACUCCUGUUGUCACACUAUAAUGUACUCCUACUACGCCCUCUCGGCGCUGGGACCGCAAAUUCAGCCGUACCUGUGGUGGAAGAAGUACAUCACCCAGAUUCAGCUGCUGCAGUUUCUCCUGCUUGGCCU